AUGAGAACACUCAGCUCAGAACAGGUCCCACUCCUCUUCAUCUUCAUCCUCUUCAUCAUCUUCAUCAUGCUGCUGCUCCUGCUCUUCAUCGCAUCAGAGGCAGGAGUAGAAGCGGCAGGAGGCUCCUCUGAAGACCUCACUGUGGGCAGAAAGUUUCUGGUGGUUUUCUUGGAGAACAUUGCGUACUAUCAUCCCACACCAGCAACGAACAAAAUACAAAUCCUGGCAGUACGUGAAAACACACAGGUCAUAGUGACGUACCCAGAUGGUACACCAGAGAACCGCUCCACGCUGACACCUGGUGUCCCUCAGACGUUCUCGGUCCCGUCUCAGCUGGAGCUGGACAGGAGUGAGACUUCGACCCGAGUUGUGUCCGUCAACGCGACCGAAGACGUGAGCGUAAAGGUCCUGAACCAGAGGAGCAACAGCUUCCAGACAACACUGGCACUGCCCACAGACCAGCUGGGCACCUCCUACCAGGUGGGCACUUCCUACCAGGUGGGCACUUCCUACCAGGUGGACACCUCCUACCAGGUGGGCACUUCCUACCAUGUUGGCACCUCCUACCAGGUGGGUACUUCCUACCAGGUGGACACCUCCUACCAUGUUGGCACCUCCUACCAGGUGGGUACUUCCUACCAGGUGGACACCUCCUACCAGGUGGGCGGCCCCUCCUACCAGGUGGGCACUUCCUACCAGGCGGUCACCUCCUACCAGGUGGGCACUUCCUACCAGGUGGACACCUCCUACCAGGUGGGUACUUCCUACCAGGCGGGCACCUCCUACCAGGUGGGCACCUCCUAUCAGCUGGGCACCACCUACCAGAUCCCCCCGGUGCCUGGUAUCCAGAUGACCACGAUUCCUGAGGAGGAAGUGACGAACCAGGUGACGGAGCGGAGCCAGUUCAGACUGGUUCUGGUGAACGCUGGAGACCAGGACACACAGGUGAAUCUGAAGGACCGCGACUACACCCUCGCCCCAGGGCAGGUGCGGCAGCUGUCGGUGGAGCAGAACAUGACGGGAACAGAGAUCACCGGAGACAAGCCCUUCAUGGUCCUGUUCGGCCACCCCUGCGCCAUCCAGGUAAACUGUACGUGUGGAUUGCUGUACGCUCCUCUCCGUCCCAAAGCCACAGCUGCCCUGAACUACAUUCUGCCGCCUCCGCUGCUGACAGGAGCCGAGGGGCAGAGUGUCCUCCUCAAGCCCUCUAGUGGUAACAGCGAGGAGGUGUCCGGGUCCUCAGUCUCCUCCUCUGUGUUGCCAGGUUCUCAGUCUCCUCCUCUGUGUUGCCAGGUUCUCAGUCUCCUCCUCUGUGUUGCCAGGUCCUCAGUCUCCUCCUGUGUGUUGCCAGGUCCUCAGUCUCCUCCUCUGUGUUGCCAGGUCCUUAGUCUCCUCCUGUGUGUUGCCAGGUCCUCAGUCUCCUCCUCUGUGUUGCCAGGUCCUCAGUCUCUUCCUGUGUGUUGCCAGGUCAUCAGUCUCCUCUGUGUUGCCAGGUCCUCAGUCUCCUCUGUGUUGCCAGGUCCUCAGUCUCCUCCUCUGUGUUGCCAGGUCCUCAGUCUCCUCCUCUGUGUUGCCAGGUCCCCAGUCUCCUCCUGUGUGUUGCCAGGUCCUCAGUCUCCUCUGUGUUGCCAGGUUCUCAGUCUCCUCUGUGUUGCCAGGUUCUCAGUCUCCUCCUCUGUGGUUGCCAGGUCCCCAGUCUCCUCCUGUGUGUUGCCAGGUCCUCAGUCUCCUCUGUGUUGCCAGGUCCUCAGUCUCCUCCUCUGUGUUGCCAGGUUCUCAGUGUCCUCCUCUGUGUUGCCAGGUCCUCAGUCUCCUCCUCUGUGUUGCCAGGUCCUCAGUCUCCUCCUGUGUGUUGCCAGGUCAUCAGUCUCCUCCUCUGUGUUGCCAGGUCCUCAGUCUCCUCCUCUGUGUUGCCAGGUCCUCAGUCUCCUCCUCUGUGUUGCCAGGUCCUCAGUCUCCUCUGUGUUGCCAGGUCCUCAGUCUCCUCUGUGUUGCCAGGUCCUCAGUCUCCUCUGUGUUGCCAGGUCCUCAGUCUCCUCUGUGUUGCCAGGUCCUCAGUCUCCUCCUCUGUGUUGCCAGGUCCUCAGUCUCCUCUGUGUUGCCAGGUCCUCAGUCUCCUCUGUGUUGCCAGGUCCUCAGUCUCCUCUGUGUUGCCAGGUCCUCAGUCUCCUCUGUGUUGCCAGGUCCUCAGUCUCCUCCUGUGUGUUGCCAGGUCCUCAGUCUCCUCCUCUGUGUUGCCAGGUCCUCAGUCUCCUCCUCUGUGUUGCCAGGUUCUCAGUCUCCUCCCUCUGUGUUGCCAGGUUCUCAGUGUCCUCCUCUGUGUUGCCAGGUCCUCAGUCUCCUCCUGUGUGUUGCCAGGUUCUCAGUCUCCUCCUCUGUGUUGCCAGGUUCUCAGUCUCCUCUGUGUUGCCAGGUCCUCAGUCUCCUCCUCUGUGUUGCCAGGUUCUCAGUCUCCUCCUCUGUGUUGCCAGGUUCUCAGUCUCCUCCUCUGUGUUGCCAGGUCCUCAGUCUCCUCUGUGUUGCCAGGUCCUCAGUCUCCUCCUCUGUGUUGCCAGGUCCUCAGUCUCCUCCUCUGUGUUGCCAGGUCCUCAGUCUCCUCCUCUGUGUUGCCAGGUUCUCAGUCUCCUCCUCUGUGUUGCCAGGUUCUCAGUCUCCUCUGUGUUGCCAGGUCCUCAGUCUCCUCCUCUGUGUUGCCAGGUUCUCAGUCUCCUCCUCUGUGUUGCCAGGUCCUCAGUCUCCUCCUCUGUGUUGCCAGGUCCUCAGUCUCCUCUGUGUUGCCAGGUUCUCAGUCUCCUCUGUGUUGCCAGGUCCUCAGUCUCCUCCUCUGUGUUGCCAGGUCCUCAGUCUCCUCCUCUGUGUUGCCAGGUCCUCAGUCUCCUCCUCUGUGUUGCCAGGUCCUCAGUCUCCUCCUCUGUGUUGCCAGGUCCCCAGUCUCCUCCUGUGUGUUGCCAGGUCCUCAGUCUCCUCUGUGUUGCCAGGUCCUCAGUCUCCUCUGUGUUGCCAGGUCCUCAGUCUCCUCCUCUGUAUUGCCAGGUCCUCAGUCUCCUCCUGUGUGUUGCCAGGUCCUCAGUCUCCUCCUCUGUGUUGCCAGGUCCUCAGUCUCCUCCUCUGUGUUGCCAGGUCCUCAGUCUCCUCCUCUGUGUUGCCAGGUCCUCAGUCUCCUCUGUGUUGCCAGGUCCUCAGUCUCCUCUGUGUUGCCAGGUCCUCAGUCUCCUCUGUGUUGCCAGGUCCUCAGUCUCCUCCUGUGUGUUGCCAGGUCCUCAGUCUCCUCCUCUGUGUUGCCAGGUCCUCAGUCUCCUCCUCUGUGUUGCCAGGUUCUCAGUCUCCUCCUCUGUGUUGCCAGGUUCUCAGUGUCCUCCUCUGUGUUGCCAGGUCCUCAGUCUCCUCCUCUGUGUUGCCAGGUCCUCAGUCUCCUCCUGUGUGUUGCCAGGUUCUCAGUCUCCUCCUCUGUGUUGCCAGGUUCUCAGUCUCCUCUGUGUUGCCAGGUCCUCAGUCUCCUCCUCUGUGUUGCCAGGUUCUCAGUCUCCUCCUCUGUGUUGCCAGGUUCUCAGUCUCCUCCUCUGUGUUGCCAGGUCCUCAGUCUCCUCUGUGUUGCCAGGUCCUCAGUCUCCUCCUCUGUGUUGCCAGGUCCUCAGUCUCCUCCUCUGUGUUGCCAGGUCCUCAGUCUCCUCCUCUGUGUUGCCAGGUUCUCAGUCUCCUCCUCUGUGUUGCCAGGUCCUCAGUCUCCUCUGUGUUGCCAGGUCCUCAGUCUCCUCCUCUGUGUUGCCAGGUUCUCAGUCUCCUCCUCUGUGUUGCCAGGUUCUCAGUCUCCUCUGUGUUGCCAGGUCCUCAGUCUCCUCCUCUGUGUUGCCAGGUUCUCAGUCUCCUCCUCUGUGUUGCCAGGUCCUCAGUCUCCUCCUCUGUGUUGCCAGGUCCUCAGUCUCCUCUGUGUUGCCAGGUUCUCAGUCUCCUCUGUGUUGCCAGGUCCUCAGUCUCCUCUGUGUUGCCAGGUCCUCAGUCUCCUCCUCUGUGUUGCCAGGUCCUCAGUCUCCUCCUCUGUGUUGCCAGGUCCUCAGUCUCCUCCUCUGUGUUGCCAGGUCCAUGGUCUUCUCGGACCCGGGCCCUGUGCUGCUGCAGAGACCGGGUCUGCUCCUGAACUUGGUCCCUAAAGAGGACUUUGGAUCGUGUUUCUCUGUGGUUUCUGUGACUGGGACUAGUAGCUGGGCCGUGGUCCUGGCGCCCAAAGACUCCACGGACAAAGUGAUGUUGGGGAAGAGCCAGAAUGUGACCACGAGCUGGACGCCGGUCUCAGGCUCGGACUUCAGCUGGACCUCAGUCCCUCUGGACCAAGGGGAACACGUCCUCUGGCACAAGGACGGUCUCAUGGCCGUGUGGCUCCUGGGAGAGAAGGUCCCAGGACUCUACUAUGGGCACGAGGCCGCCAAGAUCAGCAAGAACCCAGAUUACCGUGGGUGUGUCCUGGUCCCUGAACACAUCCAGGUCCUGGACCAACAGACCUCGUGGCAGGAGUCCAUCGCUGAAUGUCGAAGCCUGGAUCUGGAGCUCAUCAGCUUCUCAGACGCCAUGAUGCAGGAGCAUGUCUACAAGAACCUGAAGGACCAGGACCAGGAGCAGGAUCUGUGGAUGGGCCUGCGUCAGAGCUCCUACUCUGGGAAAUGGUACUGGAUCAGUGACGAGGCCCUGAACCAUGUGGACUGGGCUCCUGGUUCUCCUGGUUCUGAGGACGAGGGUCAGUGCGGCUCCAUCAGUCUGAGCAGCUCUCAGGGGCUGAAGUGGAAACACCGGGACUGCUGCAAGCAGGCCAAAGCGACUGACCCCCGGGGAGGAGCCGUGUCUGUCCGGGAGAGGAGCCCGCCUGUCCCCCGGAGGCUCACGAUGGAGAGCUACACUCUGUCCCGCUCUGAGGACCAGCGGUGUCUCUGUCCUUUCUCUCUCGCUGCAGACGUCCCGAUCGUCAGAGUCAAAGAAGGAAGUAAGAUCAGGAACCUGCUGCGAUUCUCUCUGAGCCGCCUGGACCCUCACACCAGAGCUGAUCCUGGACCGGGGUCCGGACCGGAGCAGAGGCCGGGGUCCGGACCGGAGCAGAGGCCGGGGUCUGGGUGCAGUCUCGGUGCAGACUGCAGGGGGCGCUCUGUGGUGGUCACUGCUGAGGGGAAAGCUGCCUCUAAAGCCAUCAGCUGUGUGGAGAUCCUGAAGAGGAGAGUCCCCGGACUGCACCAGGGUCUGAGGGGACUACAGGGACUACACCAGGGACUACAGGCACUACAGGGUCUGAGGGGACUACAGGGACUACACCAGGUACUACAGGCACUACAGGGUCUGAGGGGACUACAGGGACUACAGGGACUACACCAGGUACUACAGGCACUACAGGGUCUGAGGGGACUACAGGGACUACAGGGACUACACCAGGUACUACAGGCACUACAGGGUCUGAGGGGUCUACUGGGACUAGAGGCUCCUGCAGCCUCUGCCCCGUGUGUCUCACUCUGCCCCGUGUGUCUCUCUCUGCCCCCUGUGUCUCGCUCCUUCUGCCCCGUGGGUCUCGCGCCUUCUGCCCCCUGUGUCUCGCGCCUUCUGCCCCCGUGUCUCACUCCUUCUGCCCCCUGUGUCUCGCUCCUUCUGCCCCCUGUGUCUCGCUCCUUCUGCCCCUGUGUCUCGCUCCUUCUGCCCCCUGUGUCUCGCGCCUUUGGCCCCCUGUGUCUCGCGCCUUCUGCCCCCUGUGUCUCACUCCUUCUGCCCCUGUGUCUCACUCCUUCUGCCCCGUGUGUCUCGCUCCUUCUGCCCCCUGUGUCUCGCUCCUUCUGCCCCCUGUGUCUCGCUCCUUCUGCCCUGUGUGUCUCGCUCCUUCUGCCCCCUGUGUCUCGCUCCUUCUGCCCCCUGUGUCUCGCUCCUUCUGCCCCCUGUGUCUCGCUCCUUCUGCCCCCUGUGUCUCGCUCCUUCUGCCCCCUGUGUCUCGCUCCUUCUGCCCCCUGUGUCUCGCUCCUUCUGCCCCCUGUGUCUCGCGCCUUCUGCCCCCUGUGUCUCGCUCCUUCUGCCCCCUGUGUCUCGCUCCUUCUGCCCCCUGUGUCUCGCUCCUUCUGCCCCCUGUGUCUCGCUCCUUCUGCCCCCUGUGUCUCGCUCCUUCUGCCCCCUGUGUCUCGCUCCUUCUGCCCCCUGUGUCUCGCUCCUUCUGCCCCCUGUGUCUCGCUCCUUCUGCCCCCUGUGUCUCGCUCCUUCUGCCCCCUGUGUCUCGCUCCUUCUGCCCCCUGUGUCUCGCUCCUUCUGCCCCCUGUGUCUCGCUCCUUCUGCCCCAUGUUUCUCGCUCCUUCUGCCCCCUGUGUCUCGCUCCUUCACCAGGGGAAGACCUGCUGCAUACCGCUCUCCAUCGCAUCCUCGCCCUCCUCCUCUGCCCUGGUCGUUACCUCCAGUCCCCUCUCCUGCAUCUCUUCUGCUGCCCUGGUUGUUACCUCCAGUCCCCUCUCCUGCAUCUCCUCCUCUGCCCUGGUCGUUACCUCCAGUCCCCUCUUCUGCUGCCCUGGUCGUUACCUCCAGUCCCCUCUUCUGCUGCCCUGGUUGUUACCUCCAGUCCCCUCUCCUGCAUCUCCUCUGCGUUUCUGCCAAGCCUUCUUCAGGAUCAUCUCUUUUAUGUCAAACCGAAGAAAGUUCACAACGAUGGAGCGCGGCGCCCUGAGCAGGGCAGGUCUCCCGGCGGCUGCCCUGAGCAGGGCAGGUCUCCCGGCGGCUGCCCUGAGCAGGGCAGGUCUCCCGGCGGCUGCCCUGAGCAGGGCAGGUCUCCCGGCGGCUGCCCUGAGCAGGGCAGGUCUCCCGGCGGCUGCCCUGAGCAGGGCAGGUCUCCCGGCGGCUGCCCUGAGCAGGGCAGGUCUCCCGGCGGCUGCCCAGUGUGCCGCUGGAUCAUGA